CCUGUUUCGCCGAAACCGUCUCGCGGUUUACGGUCGAGAGAAUUUCUUUGAUAUCGUCAGCGAACUGCUCCAUAAGGCCUUAGUUACUCGGUGGUGGAGAUGUGUGUGCUAAGGCUGUAGUAGGUAUGGUAGUGGUAGUAGUAGCAGUAGCAGCAAGUAGUGCUUGGUAGCGGUAUGGUGUAGAGGUGCUGGUAGUAAGACUAAGUAAGACUUGGUCACAGGUGGGUGGUGUUGUAGUUAUAGGGCUGGUAUCUUAGCUGAUGCCCUUAGUGACGACGCUAGAUUCCACCACCGCCAUCAUCCAUGUUACCGCUGUCAUCGCUACUGGGACUACCACCACCACUAAGAGUCACCGAGAGGGGAUGGUAACAACAGUCCUAUGUCGCUCUUAUCAGCAACGGCUAGUAACCGAGGAUUUAGCGAAUUCGCUCGCAUGCUGGGUCGAUUUUCGCGAAUCACUUGGCGAAUGAAUGACGUGCAUGGCCGAGCGGAUUUUGGGGUUUUCUUCACUAUUGCAUGUCGCGCCGAGUUCGAUUUUCACCAACACGAACAGAAUUUUAGCAUACAUAAUCUUCGUGUUUGACGCGUUUCUUUACGCGUCUUUGAAUGAGAACUUGAACUUUGUGCUGUUUUUCAUGUUUACUGUUGGAGUAUAUGCGAACACGUUGAUGAGGACGCGUUGAAGUAUAUAGCUGCGCGAGAUGCGUCCACCACUUGACCACUUCCAAACACCUUUGCCCAUGAAUGACAAGCAGGAGCAGACGUCAGCGCCUUCUGCGAAGUUAAAACAAAGAACUCUGUUUAGCUUCUUCGGAAAGAAGACUGCAGCGGCAGCAGGCUCUGCUGCUUCUUCUUCGACUCCGAAAGCGACAGAGCCGAUAGUGCCCACAAGUCCUUCGUCCAUUUCAACUUCACAAAAGGAUGACACAAAAGCGGUAGAGGCGGAGCCGGAAUUGGCCGCUGAACCUCCUCACUUCCCUCCUACUCCUUCUUUAACCUCCGAAAUUGUCCCGCCCACUUCAGAUUCGUUUUCCACUCCCAAGCGUGCUCGUUCUGCUAUAUCUUAUGCUGAAAGUGAUGACGAAGACAGUAACUUAAAAAACGCCGAAAAAUCUCGUCGCCCGACCCGUAGACGGAGGAUUGUCGCAGACGAUGACGAUGAAGCUGAUGAGUAUGUUCCACCUGCAUCAUCUCCAGCCGCAAAUGAAGAUGAGGAAAUGCUGGAUGCUGUUGACGAGGAUGAAGAUCUUAUUGUAAGCGAUGAUGAAAAGCCAAAACCAGCAGUUUCUCGUCAGCCACGCAAGCCUCGGAGCUCAGGCGCUCUUGAUGCAUUUCGCAUGGGUUCCACUAGUGAUACACCCAGUGCGAGUGAGAGCACGUCUCGAAUGAGUACUCCUAGUAUGAGCAGUGGUCGCAAUAACGUACUGAGCCGUGAUGAAAAGCGCAAGGUCCGGAUGGCUGCCUUUGAAAAGACAAACGCUGGUCGUUAUGAAUGGUUGCUUGAUAUACGCGAUGCUGAUGGCAAUCGGCCUACGGAUGAGGAUUAUGAUCCUCGGACGUUGUAUAUCCCACCUUCGGCUUGGGCAUCCUUUAAACCGUUUGAGAAACAGUACUGGGAGAUUAAGAAAAAUCUGAUGGACACUGUUGUGUUUUUUCAAAAAGGAAAGUUCUACGAACUUUAUGAAAACGAUGCCGCCAUCGGUCAUCAAGUGUUUGCUCUUAAAUUGACCGACCGUGUAAAUAUGAAGAUGGUCGGUAUUCCCGAAGCUACUUUUGAAUAUUGGGCAGCACAGUUCAUCGCCAAGGGCUACCGCAUUGCCCGAGUUGACCAAUUGGAAACAGCAUUGGGCAAGGAAAUGAAGGAUCGGAAGAACAGCAAAAGAGAAGAGAAGGUGGUUCAGCGUGGACUGACUCAAGUGUUGACGAGUGGUACACUUGUUGAUGAAUCCAUGCUUACUUCUGACAUGUCUACUUACUGUAUGGCAUUAAAAGAGGCACCUAAUCCUCAAUCGCGAGCCGAUGGUCCUUUACUUGGUGUUUGUUUUGUAGACACUGCUACUGGAAUUGUUCGUGCUUGUGAAUUCCAGGAUGAUAUUUCGCGGACUAAAUUGGACACACUUCUUACUCAAAUUCGUCCUCGGGAAUUGCUUCUCGAAAAGUCGGGAAUUUCACAAAAGACAAUGCGUACCAUAAAAAAUGGUUUAAGUGCUUCAAGUACUAUUCACAACAUAAAGCCCUACAAUGAGUUUUGGGAUCAAGAACGGACUGUUCGUGAGUUUGACUCUUGUGACUUUUUUGAUGAGCACAAGGAAAUGCCUGAUGCGUUACGAAAUGUGCUUGACAAGAAUCCUUUGGCUGCGUCUGCCGUUGGUGCACUCGUGUGGUAUUUGCGACAGUUAAAGUUGGAUAAGGAUAUCUUCUCCAUGGGUAACUUCCAUAUCUACGAUGCCUCGCAACAAUCUACGUCCCUUCUCCUAAAUGGACAAACUUUGAAAAAUUUGGAAAUCUUCAACAACUCAUUUGACGGUGGUGAAGAAGGAACCCUUUUCCGUUUGAUGUGCCGUUGUGUUACACCAUUUGGUAAGCGUUUGUUCCAUUCAUGGAUGAAUCAUCCGCUUCGCUCACCAGAGCAAAUUAAUGGACGGCUUGACGUUGUUGAGCUGCUUUUGGAUAACCCAAAUCUUCGGGAUGCCAUUCUUGGUAUUCUUCAUAAACUUCCUGACUUAGAACGUAUGAUUUCCCGUGUCCAUGCAAGUCGCUGCAAACCAAUCGAUUUUCUCAGGAUAUUAGAAGGCUUUAAACGAAUUGAUACAGGUAUUCACGAACUGAAAGAGGAUUUUGGCACUUUAAUGAAGGGCACUGCCCUGGAACGAAUUGUCGAAAGAAUGCCAGACAUGGCUUCAGAGUUGGACUCUUGGUCGCGCGCUUUCAGCUGGUCUCGGGCGCGUGAUGAGGGUGUCUUCGUCCCUGAACCCGGAUUUGAGCCUGAGUAUGAUGAAUCAAAAACUCAUCAAAAUGCGCUCAUCGAUGACUUGCAUGAACUGUUAAAUCGGUAUAAAAAGGAACUGAAGUGCUCUUCACUCACCUUCAAAGAUAUCGGCAAGGAGGUGUACCAGGUUGAAGUCCCUGUCGAUGUUAAGGUGCCUGUGAGCUGGUGUAAAAUGUCGGGAACUAAAAAAUUCAAUCGCUAUUACACAGAUGAGCUUCGGAAGAAGAUAAAAAAACUGUUAGAGUCGCAGGAAACACAUUUUGCUAUCGAAGCUCGAAUGCAGGAUAAAUUCUACGCCCGAUUUGACGAGAAAUACUCUGAUUGGGUGAGAAUGAUAAAAGCCGUUGCCAGUAUGGAUUGUUUGUACAGUCUUGCAUUAGCCUCUGCUGCCUUGGGUGAACCAUGUUGCCGCCCAGAAAUAUUGGAUCAAGAGCAAAGCGAAGUGACAUUUGAAGAGCUUCGGCAUCCUUGCGUUAGUACAUUAACAGCGGGCACUUUCGUACCAAAUGAUGUUCAGCUUGGCGGUAUGUCCGCUAACAUGAUUGUUUUGACUGGACCCAAUAUGGCAGGCAAAUCAACGCUGUUACGGCAAACAUGCUUGGCAGUGAUAAUGGCACAACUUGGAUGUUAUGUCCCUGCAAAACAUGCUAGAUUAACACCAAUGGACAGUAUCCAUACCCGAUUAGGUGCGAAUGAUGACAUUAUGUCUUCUCGAAGCACUUUUAUGGUUGAACUGAGCGAAACGAAAAAAAUUCUGGAUGAAAGCACACCGCGAACCUUGGUCAUCCUUGAUGAACUCGGUCGGGGUACCAGUACUUAUGAUGGUCAAGCCAUAGCGUACGCUGUUCUUCAUCAUUUAGUAUCAAACAUUGGUUGCUUGGGUUUCUUCUCUACUCACUAUCAGUCCCUCUGCACCGAUUUUGUGCACCACAAGCAGUUGCGUAUGAUGCAGAUGUCGGCUUUAGUCGAUGAGGCAGGUCGUCGUGUCACCUUCCUUUAUAAACUCGUUGACGGUGUUUGUUCCAAGUCAUAUGGUAUGAACGUUGCAAGUAUGGCGAGUGUGCCUGAGGAGGUUGUUCAAGUUGCCGAAACAAAGUCCCUCGAGCUGGAGGAAUUUACCCAAACGAAACAAACUGAGAGUGAUGCCAUCACCCUUGCCAGUGAUUUUUUCCAUUUAUGUUCUGUCUCUGCGAACAAAAAACCACUUCAAACUUUACGUCUACCUCUUAUUUUGGACUCAUUUUUAUAGGCUGCGCUGGCGCAGUCAACUUUAUGAAUUCUUUAUGAAUAUAAUGUCUCGGUUAUAUAUUAAUUAAACACAAUCUUUAUUUUUACUUUUUCCUUGAUUGUAUAUUAUGUUCGUAUAAUCAGUCGUAUUUUACCAUCCAGUCUUUUAAAUGGUAGUGUCCUGUGUUUGC